GCUAUGAAGUAUCGAUACUAAAUCAACAUCAACUCGAAUACAAACAAAUUGAUUAUUUGAUUGCUUCCAGUGUUGUAUUACAUCUUUUAAAUUGCAAUUCUCGUAUUUCGCACACUGACAGCAACCGCCCGUUGUGUAUUCGUGUAUACACUUUUUUUUCUAACUGCAAUCAGUAUAUUGAUUUUCGCCCCCGCUUUUACAUUGAAGAUUGCGGCACAGUUAGGACAUAAACAUAAAAAUCAAUUGUCAAAAUGUCGGAGUGCGCCGCUUCAGCCAGCAAUGUCAACGCGAAUGAAAAGAUGGCAAGCUUGCUGAAAGAGGCGGAAAAUUUGAAAGCGAAGUUGGAGGAGGAGCGCCAAAAGCUGAACGAUGUCAAUCUAUCAAACAUAGCUGAAAGGCUGGAACAGAUAGCCUUCGUGAACAUAAAGCCGCGAAAAGUGCUAAAAGGUCACCAAGCGAAAGUGCUGUGCACUGACUGGAGUCCCGAUAAGCGACACAUAAUCUCGUCAUCUCAGGACGGACGCCUCAUAAUAUGGGAUGCGUUUACCACAAACAAAGAACACGCUGUCACAAUGCCAACCACUUGGAUAAUGGCGUGUGCUUAUGCGCCAUCUGGCAAUUAUGUGGCCUGCGGCGGCCUGGACAAUAAAGUAACCGUAUAUCCGAUUACCUCCGAUGAGGAAAUGGCUGCCAAGAAACGAACUGUUGGCACGCACACCAGCUACAUGUCAUGCUGUAUCUAUCCCAAUUCAGAUCAGCAAAUACUCACAGGCAGUGGAGACUCCACGUGCGCUCUGUGGGAUGUCGAAUCUGGCCAAUUAUUGCAAAGUUUCCAUGGUCAUUCCGGCGACGUCAUGGCCAUUGAUUUGGCGCCAAACGAGACGGGCAACACCUUUGUCUCUGGCAGCUGCGAUCGCAUGGCCUUUAUUUGGGACAUGCGCUCUGGCCAUGUGGUGCAGUCCUUUGAGGGCCAUCAGUCGGAUGUGAAUAGUGUUAAGUUCCAUCCAUGCGGCGAUGCCAUCGCCACAGGCUCCGACGACAGCAGCUGCCGCCUGUAUGAUAUGCGCGCAGAUCGCGAAGUUGCUGUAUUUGCCAAGGAAAGCAUUAUCUUCGGUGUUAACUCGGUGGACUUUUCGGUUAGCGGACGACUGCUCUUUGCUGGCUACAAUGACUACACUGUCAACCUGUGGGACACGCUCAAAUCAGAGCGCGUCUGCCUUCUGUACGGUCACGAGAACAAGGUCUCUUGCGUUCAGGUCUCACCCGAUGGCACAGCGCUAUCCACUGGUAGCUGGGACUACACCAUACGAGUGUGGGCCUAAAACCCCACCCUACAUACCUUAAAUAUAUGUAUGUGUAUAUAACAUAUAUGUGCAUAUACAUAUAUGUGUAAAUUGAAUCUGUUAAGCACGCUCCUGCUGUUGUUUGUCAGCUUUCAAGCUUUUUUUCUGUCUGUGUGUUACACUAAAUACUAUAUACUUUAAGUAUAAUAUAUAAAAAGGCAAAUUGCACGUAACCAAUCCAAAGGGAGAAAGCUCGUGUAUAUCUAUGUAAACAUAUUAUGCGCCUAGUUCUAAGUUCCUGUUCAAAAUAAAUGUUGAAGCGA